AGAACACGAUCCUUGUUACACUCUUAUAUUUAUUACUCAUUAGGUUAUCAGCUGAUAUUCUGUCGAAAAACUGUGUUUAAAUAUUUAUCAAACAAAACCUAACUUCCUGUUUCGACGUUUCCUAUUAUGUAGUUAUCUAUGGUGGGCAAGGCUGGUGUGAAGAUGUUGAUUGUUCGUGCCUUAACGAAAUGUUAUGUUAUCAGCGUUUUAAUAAUUAUUGCAGUGGCAUUUCCAGAUCAGGGGAAGCGGGAUUUCGUACUGAGCCGGGAAAAAAAUGCUAUUGCCGUUUCAAAGAGUCUGUUUAGAAGAUCUCAGAUUUUCAUUCAGAUUUCAUGUAAUACUACAGCUCCAAACAGAAACAUCACUGUUACAUGGACUCUGUCAUGGUUGCGUUGCUGGCAGGAUUUCUUGCGCUUUGGAGAUGGUGAACCAAAUUCAGGCAUUUUGACUGGUGUAGAUAAUAGAACUUUGAGCCUGGAUCCUGUAAUAUCGCAUUGUGAUUGCUCUUCGCACAUCAUUUUGGAGGAUUAUAUUCCAAAAUUAAAGACACCAAGAGGACCUCUUCCUGUUGAUACAGAGGAUGAAAAUAUUGUGGAUUCAUCUGGUAAAAACAAGAAAAAUCAAAUAGAGGGUGAAUCAUCUAAAGAAGCACAAUCCACAGAUGAGAAAAAACAGUCUAUGAAAAAUAUUCAGAAUCAUGGUUACCUUACUCAAGAACAUCCACUCUACACUGUUGAUGCAGAUGGUGUGUACUUACUGCAGCUUGCAAUUGACAGUAAGAAUGAGUUUGAUGCUAAUGUUAGCAUUAAAAUGCAAGGCAGAUACGGCUACUUAUCCGCAGCAGAUUGGCCCCUGUUACCCUUCUACGGAGCCAUGUGUUUGGUGUACGUAAUAUUUGGUCUAGCAUGGCUCAUCGUAUCUUUUUGCCAGUGGCGAGAUCUGUUAAGAAUACAGUUUUGGAUUGGUGGCGUAAUUCUUCUUGGUAUGUUGGAAAAAGCAACAUUCUAUGCAGAAUACCAGAGCAUCAAUUUGACGGGCGUGUCCGUAAAGGGAGCCAUGUUCCUAGCUGAACUUGUCUCUUGUGGCAAGAGGACACUAGCUAGAAUGUUAGUGAUAAUCGUCAGUCUUGGCUUUGGAAUAGUCAAACCUCGUCUUGGUCCGAUGCUACAUCGAGUUGUGGGUACGGGUGUUCUUUACUUCACACUGGCAGCGAUCGAGAGUUAUCUUCGUGUGAUGCAUCCAAAGAAUGAUCCUUCAAAUCAGACGCUAAUAGCCAGUAUUCCUCUGGCUGUACUGGAUUCUGCUAUUUGCUGGUGGAUCUUCACUAGUCUUGUGCAAACCACAAGGACCCUUAGAUUACGCAGAAAUUUGGUGAAGCUAUCACUGUACAGGCAUUUCACAAACACCCUCAUAUUUUCAGUGAUCUCUUCGGUUAUCUUUAUGCUCUAUUCAAUAAAGUAUCAUCGCUUUGCUACAUGUCUCACAGACUGGAAGGAACUGUGGGUGGAUGAAGCAUAUUGGCAUCUCUUGUUCUCUGUGCUGCUAUUGGUCAUUAUGAUUUUGUGGAGGCCGACGAAUAACAAUCAGAGGUACGCUUUCACGCCACUUCUGGACGCUGCGGAUGAUGACGAUGACGAAGAAGAGGAGCAGUUCGUUAAUGACGCGUAUGGUGUCAAGAUGAGGGGAUACAGGAGUACGUCACCAAAACCAAAGUCCACUAACAACAUGGAAGAUGAUCUAAAGUGGGUUGAAGAGAACAUCCCUUCCUCGUUAGCUGAUACUGCUCUAACAACCAUGGAUUCUGACGAGGAAAUAAUGACAACAAAGUUUGAAGUUUCCAAGUUGCAGUGAUUUUAAAGAAGAAACGUGUAACUUGGACAUUUGUCGCAAGUUAAUUUUCAAUAUCAUAAGUCCAUGUGCAUGGGCGUGUUUCUUGUCUGUAGUGGGAAGUUGACCUCCACUACAUUUGGUUGCGUUUUGGCAUUAAGAUUUAAGACUGGGCAACUGAAUAUAUUUUUUGUUUGCCUACCUGUAACACAGUACGUCGCUAGUAUUAAUUUCUGUUGUUCAUGUGAAUGCUUCAGUCAAAUGUUUGUGUAUCCCUCUGUUUAAGGGACUGUAAAUCACAAAUCAUAAUGAGUCAAAAGAAAUUGUAAUUUAUUUCAGUUGAAUUAAUUUUUUUAUGAAGGAAAAUACUUGUUCUACACCUCGUAGAUUAAAAAUCUAUUGAUGUGUGAA